CAUCGCACCAGGAUACCCAGACCUCUGCCUCUCCUUGACCGGCUCUCCUCCUAUCUCGCUCCUCCCUUUGUGACCAGACUCGCUCAUCAGUAGCGUAAACACGUAUACUCCAGAGGACUGAGACUUGACAAACCUCACUUUCUCCUCUGCCCUCCUGAUCACGCCCAACUUCCUCGCCAGAGUAACGUGGCGCUUCCGUCGCACGCUGCUUCAGUCACCGGCGCCGGUAUCCUGUCCAACGAGAUACGCCUGGCGCUCUAGGCGACCUCAUCAACCGCUUCAUAUAGCCAGAGGAUCUUCACAAAGUACUUUGUGCGUGGUAUAGGGCUGCCACUGAGCAGAAAAGGGUCGUGAGACGGCCCCGCGGCAAGGAAAGGAAGGGGCUCCGCUCCCGCAUCCCGCCCUCCUGCCUCUUCCUCUGCUCGACUGGAGACAAGCAUGGCUCAGCUGCCAGGUAGCCAUGCCAACAGCAGGGCCGGUUCGUUCUCAGCCCCGUCGCCGUCACCGGGCCCAUCUCACCCAACGGGCUCAUCAGGGCAGAAUGGGAACCAUCCCAAUCUCAAUCGACCCGGGAUGCCUCUGCCAGGCGGAUACCCCUACCAGACCAGCAUGGGACCGCCUCAGCCGGGCACUCGGAGACCGAGCAUGGGAGGACAUAGCGCUGGUGGUAUGUCUCCUCAGCAAAAGCCCAUGUCCUUCCCUUAUGGCGGCAUGCCGCCUGCAGGGCAACAAACAGGAGGAGGGGUAGGAAGCGGGGCAGAUGGAGGUUACCAAUACCCCCCUGCAGGAUCUUACAACAAUCAGCAGCAGCAGUGGACUAGCAACGCAGCAUCUCCUUCCCCCGCCCCCUCUUCCGCUCUAUGGGGCGGGCCAACAGCCAUGCCCUACCCCGGGUAUACUUAUCAACCACAAAGCGGGCCGCCUCAUCAGUCUAGCAAUGGUCCUGCCGCCGCCCCCUCUCCCGUCCAUCGACCUUCUCAAUCCAACGCGGCGCCAUCAAACCCUAAUAGACAAGUUGCUCCUAGUCCUGCGGCAAGUAGGGCUGUAAGUGGAGCUCCUCCCGAGACGUCAGCACCGCCGUCACCAUGGGGCGGUCAACAGCAGCAGCAGCCACAACAACAACAACAGCAACAGCAACACACCAGCAGUGGCCGUGAUGAUCCGCAGGACGCCAAGCAGGUGAUGGACGUAUUGGGUGGAAGCGGCAUUGACCUGCGAGCCGAGGAAGAAGCUAUGAGAGGGCGAGACCCCCACCAUCCACCUGGCUUAGGGCCUGGCGAAUACAACACACAACGGUCAAUGCCUUCCGGCUCGAGUCUUACGUCUGCUUACCCAUCUGGCAGUCAGGGACAGAGUACGCAGCCUCCUAUAUCCUCUUUGCCUUUCCUUCAACUCUAUCCGCUGGCAUCUUUCGUACAUGCCAUUUCCUCCACUCACGAAAUAGGUGUGGAACCAGAGGUACUCUCAACAUUAUCCACAGCGGCUCGGAUACGCUUUCGCAAUCUGCUGGAGAACAUGAUCGCUUCAAGUCGUCAAAGAUGCUGGACAACUCACGAGCGUCCCCCACCGCUGUACGAGUCAGGGGACGAUGAUGUAGAGGGAACUUCGAGAAAGAAACGGAAAGCUAUGUACCAUCAAGAGCUAAUUUCCGAUCCUUCGAAAUGGCUCACAGCUAUCGAAAAGGCAGAUCGGGGCGAAGAAGUCAAGGCGAGGAGGAAGCGCGCUCAAAGGCAAAGGGAGGCUAUGCUGGCUGCUGCUGCCACCGACUCCGCUGGCCAGGGCGGUGCGUCUGGCUCCGGAGGCGUCGCAGGGCUGGAUGGGGAAGGCGAUGAGACCAUGGGCGAAGGUGGGCCGGCCACUCCCGGUGGUGAUGGCUCUGGAGGGAAGAAGAAAGGCAAGGCACUUUCGGCCAAGAAUGUCAGCGAGGAUGUGCGGAGACGACUGGCCAACAAUACAGCUGCCCGAGCCCUCGGUGGAGCCACUACUCCAAAGUGGAUGAUAAUGGGUACAGGCUCCGCCUCUUCUACCGGCGCUUUCUCAACCCCUACUCGGAUCAAAGGCGAAGUCAAAGGCGAGACGAAUGGCGAAGCUCAGACUCCAGCAUUCGGCGGAGGGCCAGCACCGGCGGGCGGGCUUAGCUCCCUCCCAAAGCCUCGCUUCGGACCUGCCGCGGGCGCCUCGACUGCUUCGGGUGCAGGCGGUCCAUGGGGUCGCUCCCUCGCCCCUUCUGGUCUAGCAGGCACACCCUUGUCCCGACCUGGAGGAGCAGAAAGUCCUUCUGGAACCGAUGGAAAGAUCAAUCCUCAAGGCUGGGGCGACCUUGCACAGCGCGCCCUCGCCAAGGAGGAAGAGGAAAAGAAGCGCCGUAAGCGAGUCAAUCUCCAGGAUGUGUACCAUGCUGUGGAGACGGAGAGGCGCAGUGGGAUUGGGAGGGGAUCUGGAGAAAAGACGACCUGGAGGUGGAGAAACCUGGGGCCAGAGGCAGCGAGGAAGGCGGCUGCUUCCGCUGGUGGAGGAGCGGGAGACGAGACGCCAACAGGGGGAGAGACCAGAGGAGGGGGAGGAGGAAAGAAGAAGUGAAGAGGGUCGCACGCGGAUACCACUACGUCAGGUUUGGCCUGGCACCUUUGUACCAAUACGCGCGCGCGAAAGGGCACAUCCAUCAGAAAAGGUUACAAUACAGAAGCUUUGCAGCCAAGGGCAUGAUAGA